AUGCCAGCGGAGCUAUGUAACACCCUGCUCCCGGUGUUGCACACAGAGCCUCCAGAGCCCACAGCAUCAGAAGAUGCCAAAAAGGUUUGGCGAGCAUUUAAAGAGGCAACGGCCAAACAGCGGAGUUUGUCCUCCAAAAAGCUCGCCUUACAUGUCAAAGCUGACAAGGCUAAGGAAACGUGGCAACAACUAUGCACCGAUUGCCAGAACCUCCAAGAAGAGCUUGAUGAGCACCAGAAGGUGGUGGAGGAAAUUGGUAAGCAAUACGAAGAAAAAGUCAUCAAGGCAAACGUGUUGGAACCACCAGUGCCAGGGUGGGCCACAUCGGAAUCCAUGCGACGCCAAGUUGCAGAGGCAGCUGAGCGGGGGCGGCAGCAAGCACAUGACCAAGUCCGCGCAGCCCAGGAUGAGCUACAGCAGCAAGUUGCUGAACUCCAAGCAGCGAUGGCCGGUAUGCAACAACAGCAGGUACCGGAAGUCCAUAGGACGGAAUUAGAGAAGCUCCUGUCGGGUGAGGAUUCCAAGCGCCGCAGGGUUGCGCAGCAGGAGGAGAGACUCAACACUUUCAAGUCAGUGAAGCUGUUCUUUGCGAAUGUCACGUCUUGGAGCGCAAAGGUCCGCAUGUGUUUGGAGAGCAUGAAGGGUGUAGUGCUAUGGGCGGUUGUGGAGCAUGGCCUCAGGGGUAGCAAACUGGAAGAUGAACGAGUGUGGCUACACCAACGAGGUUGGAAAUGUACCGCUGUGACAAGCACUACUGAGGGGAAAGCUGUGGGCGGUGCGGCUGUUCUCACCCGUAGUGAUGCUGUUGAAGCCACCGGAGGUUUCGCAGGAGGAGCUGGGUAUUCGUUUGUGUCCACUUUUGUGUGGCUUGAAGGGGUUGAGGUGUUGGUUGUGUCGCUUUAUCUCAAGUCUGGAGAGCACCUGGAAUCGGUCACCAACAAGCCCUUGUUGACAGAGCUUGCAAGCUCUUUGCGCAUGCUAAAAGUGCCAUGGAUGGUGCUGGCGGAUUGGAAUCAGCCACCCAGUGUACUGAAGGAACACUGGUUUCUGGAAGCAGUCAAAGGGGAGCUGGUUGUAACCAACUCAGCUACGAUUGCUAGCGGAAAUGAGUUGGACUAUGUAGUUGUCAGCAAGCACCUGUAUGGUGCUGUUGAAACGUCGGUUGAGCAUGCAGUGCCGUGGGCACCUCAUUAUGGUGUGAAUGUUGUGUUGAACAUGCGGUUGCGGCAGUGGCGAGUACCGGAUGCCCGCUUGAACAGCAAGUAUGCUGACUUCAUGCAUCAGUUUGAAAGUUGGACGUACAGUGUGGCUACUGAUAUCCCGGAGGAUGACCUUGGCAGAGGGGAAGUGUGGAAAGAUGGAAAGGUCGGGUACUGGCAAAGUUUGCACCGCUGGAUUGUUGAAGUCACCAUGUUAAAACAGGACCGAAAAUCAGUGGCACAUAAACUGACUCUCUGGAAGAAGAUCAGGGAAGCUGCGGACAAACUGUCAAAGUACUGGCGGCCGCUUGAGAACGGUGUGUCCAUGGUGAGUUUGCAGUUUGGGUUGCGUACUGUCUUGGAUUUGUCGGGGGAGAUGUUAGACAACGUGUUGAAGACGGUUGAAGCUGUGGGCAAGUUGGAACUUGAACAGGUCCUUGCCGCACAAAAGCAAAGGCUAGAUGAGUGGAAGGAAAAGGAAAAGGCAACUGCAGGCACUGCUAGGCUUGCGCAUCGCUACCUCAAGAAACCCAGUGAGCUCCCAGAGCGCCCUUUUGAUAAGGUCAAAUUUGACGAGCGCCCUGGAAAACGUCGGGAGUACUGGGUUAACUUGUGGGGAGAGGCUGAAUUGAAGCAGGAAUUAUCCCCUCAUCGCGCUGAGUUGAAGGCGAGGGCGAUAGAGCAGGCCAAGGAGCUUAAGCCCAUCAGCAGUGCACAGAUCAAACAAACUCUCAUGCAUGUGCCAAACAAGAAAGAGGGCAUUGAUGGCAUCACGUUUCAAGAUUUGAAGGAAAUGCCCGAUGGAGCUCUCCGCGAUCUGACGUGGUUUUAUCACGAAAUAGAGGCCACUGGGCAGUGGCCACAGAAUGUUCAACAUGCUGUGGGCGAAAAUGAGGCGAUUUCUGGUGGUCAGGUGGGCGAGAUGAGUGGCAGUUUGAAAACCGAACAAAUCUCCCUUCUGGCUGACUUAGAGCACUUUUAUGAUUGCAUCAAUGUUGAUGUGCUUGUCAUUAAAGGACUUGCUCUGAGGUUCCCUCCUCUUCUCCUUCAUCACAGUGUCAUUUUCCAUGAAGGUCCCCGCAUACUGUGUGCUGACGGCAUGGCGAGCCAGCCCAUCCGACCAGCCAGAGGAUUGGUUGCGGGAGAUCCCUUUUCGGUUUAUUUGGCCAAAGUGCAACUGCAUGAUAUCCUGCACUCGUUGUAUUUCGACUACUACAGAGUGCCACGCAUGGUCACCAGUUGGGUUGACGACCUUGGCGUUGAUGUUUUUCAUUUUGAUGAGGAGCAGGUGGUGCAAGAAGCUUGUGAAGUUUCAGAGCUGUUGGCCCAACGGCUUGAAGCCGAGGGUUUGAGAAUGUCAAUCAAGAAAACAGGAUUCUUGUGCAGCUCGGCACGUUUGGCCAAAAAGUUGAAGGCGGCAUUAGCUCAGAGGAACAGUCGUGUGAAAGUCGAGGUUGUGUUGAAAGAUUUGGGGCUUGAUUGCACUUUGGGUCGAAGGCGCAUCGUGAAGCAGCAGCGUGCCAGACGACAGAAAGGUACCCUGCAUGGCCUAGCCCAUGCCACGCAGGAAUGUGCUUGCGGAGCAAUACAUCAGGAUCCGGACGACAUGUUUCAUCAUUGGUUGUGGGAGUGUCCGCUUGUCUUGAAAGCACUGGGACAUCCAGCGCCGGAUUGGUAUUUGCAUCACCGAAAACCCGAGCAAUGGUGUUUCUGGCAUUUCCGUGUAGUCCCGCUUGAAUGGACUAGCUUGCCAACCUUGCUUGAAGAAGUUGAAUGUAGUGGCAUUUUUGCUGAAGCAUGGCCGGUUGAGCUUGAGCCGGGUGUCAUUCUUGCAACUGACGGCAGCGGAGGUCCUUUCAGUUCUAAUCCGCGGAAACGGCAAUGUGCUUGUGCUGUGGUUGCGGUUGUAUGUCGAGACGAUGAGUUCGUUGAAGUUGGGAGCUUGGUUGCCAAUGUUGCGGGUGGAUGUGCGCAGCAGACUGUACCUCGGGCUGAAGCUUUUGCUCUUCAACUUGCAUUGGAGGCGACAACGUCCCGGCACGGUCUGACCAUUGCUGUUGACGCCAAGUAUGUUGUCCAGCGUUUUCGUGCACAUGAUAGCUUUGUCCCUUUGAACUGCAGGAAUGCCGAUGUUUGGGGUCGCAUCCAUGUACGGCGAUCACAACAUGAGCAUGUGCAGCUUAGUAAAAUCAAGAGCCACCUCAGUAGGGAAGUGUUUGUGGAACAGUUUGGGACUGACAACUUAUUGCAGUGGUUUGGAAACCAAAAGGCUGAUGCCUAUGCUACUGCCAGGGAUGUCGUGCUGGCACAAAAUGCGAAACCUCAUUAUGUUUACACAGGUUGGCUUGACCGUAGGACGGAGGCUGUAUGCGAUUGGCUUUGGAAAGCGACGAAAUUCCAUUUGCAAAACAAGCAGCAGCUUGUGAGAAAACCUUGUGGGCCUAGAAAGGCUACUCGGGCAGAGUUGGUGAGGGAUUCGCAGAUGCUCUCCCCGACCCAUUUCUGGACUCAUGAUGCUGAAGGGGAUUGCCAGUGUUUCUGGUGCAAGCUGCGAUUGAAGAGGCUGGACUCCUGCGCAGCCCUGCGGGCCAAGCUUGAAAUGCCUUGUGUUUGCCCGGGCGGCCGGGUCAGCCUGCCUGUGCUGAUCAGCUUAGGCGUGCAUCGCAGUCAUUCUUUCCAGAUUCGGGGUCAGCAGCUGUUUUGUGAGCAGUGCCGUAGGCAGAGACCUGUUCACCGCCUGGGGGUUUUCAGAAGCUGUUGCCCUAAAGAGGGCAGGCGCCGGUAG